GAUGUCUCAAGUUUUGAGAGAGCGUGCAAUUGGCUUGCUGACUGCUGGAAUGUCCACAAGAGCUUUUGCCAGAUCAUUAAAUGUACAUUUCACUACCAUAAGCCGCCUCCAACAUCAUUUUAAAGAAUUUGCCAGUACAUCCAACAGGACUAAAAACCGCAGAGUGUAACCGCGCUAGCCCAGGACCUCCACACCCGGCUUCUUCACCUGGGGGAUCAUCUGAGACCAGCCACCCGGACAGCUGAUGAAACUUUUGAGUAUUUCUGUCUGUAAUAAAGCCCUUUAGUGGGGAAAAAUGUAUUCUGAUUGGUUGGGUCUGGGUCCCCAGUGGGUGGGUUGGUGGCUGGCCUGGAUGCCAAGUAGGUGGGCCUAUGCCCUCCCAGGCCCAGUCAUGUGAAAUCCAUAGAUUAAGGUCUAAUUCAUUUAUUUCAAUGACUGAUUUCCUUAUAUGAACUGUAACUUGUAUGUUUCUUUUAUAUUUUUGUUCAGUAUGUAUGUGUGUAUUCCCAGCCCAUGACUCCUCUGACCUGUGAAUGGCAGCAAGCAAUACGCAACAUAGCGUCUAGUCUGCCGGAAACUCACACUAAGAAGACGUAAACGGAAGUGAACAGUGACCGCGUUAGCGUUUUUAUUGUUGUUAUUUAAACAUUUAUGAACACCCUAGAAAAUACGAGUCUUUAACUGCACCGCAUCACAUACUUACCCCACGUAGUGUUUACUUCGCGUUGCAGACAGGAAUUAGUUAAUAGAUGUUAUCUAAACGCUAGCUUGCUAACGUGAGCUAAAAAUGUCUAACUGUAUGGCUUAUCACGCUCAAAUAGCCUCCAUCAUGGAGGUUCUAGCGAAUGCAGCCGUGGCAGAGAUAUGUAAAGUCGUAGACGACGAUUACGCACUGUUUCGUUUGGAAAUAACUCAAAGCCAGAAAGAAAACAGAGGAUUGCGGAGGAAACUACUGGAAAUGAAGGUCGCACGGGAGCGCGCAGAAAGGAUAAUGCGAGAGCGCGUCCUCGCCAGUCGUCCCAGUAGUGUCAAGAUCCUCGACCGAUACAGAGGAAUUACAAGAGGUGAAGCACAUCUCACUGGAGGCCACAGGAGCGUUUUGAAGCCAGCGGGACACAAUACAUGGAGAGAUGACCAACCAAUCACUGUUGAUGAGGGGAAUGGAACCUCAACCCAGCACGUUAUCAUGAUAGAGUCUGCAGAUGCAGAGGCUGCAGGUCCUGGGGUCAAGCAGGAGAGGUCUGAAGGAGAGGAGGACUUACGGCACAGCAGAGACAACCAGGCUGGAGCGUCUGGAUUGCCCCCUGUAGCCACGGAGGACCCCACCACCACCCCAGUGCAGCAAAGGGCCCGACUCAGCAUCGUUGAGGUGGAUGAAGGUCCAGAGGUGCUGCUGGUGAAGGAGGAGGUGUGUGAGGAGAGUCUUAGGAACACUGAUGGGACCAUGGUCAUGGAGGACAACCAGACGACACCACCUCCUGAACCCACAGAGGAACCAGCUAAGCAGCACAGGACCACACACAGUCUCACUGAGUCAGUAGACAUGGAGGAUGGGAAGCCUGAUCUGCUGCUGGUCAAAGAGGAGACAAUAGAAGACGGACCAGAGAGCAUUGACCUGCUGAGUGGACUAAAGAUGAGUGAGCAAGGUGGCUGGCUGGAGGCUAUGAGAGGAGACUGGGUGGCCGUCUUGGAUUCCCAGACGGGUGCAGCCAAGGGCCCAGGGGACGACGUCACUGAGCUGGUCCGGACCAGAGGCGACAUAGUAGAGACUGCAGUCCUUGAAGACCUGCUGAUAUCCGGUGUUACUGGCGGGAGAGACUGGACCUCUGAAGUGGAUGGUCACAAACCCUGGCAACAGAUCAGGAACAUGGAUCAGGAGCCGUCACUCUUCCUUCCCGAGUUGGAACCAGGACCCAACUGUGAGGGGCAGAGACUCAACCACCACACAGAACACAACCAGUGGACAGGUGGACUGAACAACCUCAGUCCUGGUGGUCAUCAGAGAGAUGGAGGCUCCAGUCAGGGAUCCAGUCUGCAGUCCAGACCCUUCUCUUCACAGUCUCAGUGCGGGGAUAAAGCAGGACCUUGGGCGGAUAGACCCUCCUGUUCCUAUGAUACACACACCACAAUAUCCAUGAUGAACAGUGCAGGUCACCCUGGGCUUCAGCCUUCACAGAGAGUGGUGGGAGACCCUCCUGGUGGGAGUCUAACAGGAAGUCUAUCUUCUCCUUCAGUGUCUCAUCUAAUCCCUGGUGAAUGGGUUCACAGAAGACCUGGGUCUAGCCUUCCUCAGUUACCUCAUGGUUACCCCACCAAUACAGAAAAGGUUAGGAUGGGCGUUCACUUAGCCUAUAACACAACACACAAUCCCAACAACACCCAAACAAUGGCAAGAGGUCACGGAGGGAGCUCAAAGACUAACCACCUGAGGGUGGUGACUCCCGUUUCUACCUCUGGUGUCAUUGGGUCACAACGUGGGAGGCCGAGCAUUAGGACGGACACCGACAAGCCGUACGUCUGCCCCACGUGUGGGAAGCGCUUUACUGAGGCGAACUAUGUGAAGCAGCACCAGACCGUUCACACCCUUCAAGUGCAGACUAAACUACAAGAGCUUAUCAGACAUAGGAGUGUCCACAACGGGGAAAAAUCGUAGCAGUGUGUCUUCAGAUGUACGCAGGGGAUGUCAGGGAAUCACUCUUUAGCUGACAUAUUAUAGUUAUCAUGUGAAGUGUCUUGGGGUAAGAGUGUAAUUAACAACAUAACCCCUCAUUAACACUUUAACUUGUUUUUAAGAGACAGUACAUCAAGGCUCGAACAAGGACAGUUUAAUAUUGACCUUACGGAGGUGAUGUCGAUGGAAUAAAGUAGUUAUAUUAUUUUCUACUCUAUUCUUGCUAAACACACUGUUCUUUCUAAACAAGUUUGCUCUCAGCUUGAAAGAUACUAAUCAUAGGAGAUUUUAUGUGUAAUGUAAUAAGCAGUACUGUAUUUCAAAGAACAGGGUAAAUAACUUUUUCAUUUCACCACACCCUUUGAACUAUUAGGCCAACCAAUAAGGACUACAGCCUUAACUUGUGGAUUAUGGAGAGUCUAUGCUAAUGGUGCCACAUCAGACACCCUACUCACUUGCACAGGUUCACCACAAAGGUGUCACCCCUCCUUUUUAAAUUUUCUACACCAAUGUACGCCAACCGCCAUUUUGUGAAGUUUGCCGAUGACGCAGUCCUCUGGCCAAUCCUCUCAAGAGCCUGACCAUGGCCCAGCCAUCCAGGACUUCAUUGACUGGUGUGGCAGUACGCCGCUGGAGUUGAAUGUCUUUAAGACAAAAUACAAUCAUUGUACAAUUAGCCCGCCAGUACAAUGAUCAUUGAUGGAGAGGAGGUGGACAAUGUGGACCAGUAUACAUGUCUUGGUACCAUCUUUGAUAACACCCGGAAGUUUGAGCAAAACACAGACGACCAUCAUCAAAAUAGCAGACACAAUACUUCCUCAGGAAAUUUUUCUCAUUAAGUGUCCACAAAUCCAUAUCGCAAUCCUUUUUACAGUUCUUUCAUCGAGAGCAUUAUGUGUUGUCCUUCGUAUGCUGGUUUACAUCCCUCUCUGUCAAGAACAGAUACUGCCUUCAAGCCAUUGUGAAGACCUGCUCAAAGAUCACCGGGCUGACUUUCAGAAGUCUGGCCUCGUUCUUUGAGCAGCAGGCCAGGAGGAAAGCCUAUGACAUUGUGGGGGAGAGCACUGUGUCCUCAACCCACAGUUCCAUCUGCUCCCCUUUGGGACAUUACUUGUGCUUUCUCAAGUGUUCCACCAAUAGGUGCAGGGCGUUGUUUGUGCCCGAGGCCAAUCGCCUGGUUAACAGAAAUGAAGACCUAGGGACUAUUCUGGAGAUAAUUAAUGGCAGGGCUAAACUAAGAACUGUGGCUACUAUGGACUUAAAAUGGCACCAUGCACUUUUAACUGAUGCCUUAGUUGUUGUUUUUUUGUCUCCUACUUUUUUUUUAAAUACUGUGUGUGUGUUUGUCCUGUCUGAAGCACCGUCAGCCCUGAACGAAUUGCUUCUCGGGGAUGAAUAGUUGAAUUCUAAGUUUCAAGAAGUAGAAUAGUUGCGGUUUUCUUUUUCUUUUGUGCAUCCUUUGCCCAGAGGCAGCGGGCUCUCCAUGUCACACUCCUCAGGAUCGACCUGUGUCGUGCUUUGCUCUCUGGAGCAGGUAGCAUUGAGUGUAGAGGUGGAUCAACUGAAAAUGAAUAUUUCUGGUGUUUGUGAUGCCCGCCGUUUGUUGAGACGUAGAUCCGGUGGCAAUGGCAAGACAGGGUAUUCUCAAUCUGUCUUGAACUAUGACACAGAGUUUCUACCGAUAAGGUCAGGUUAUAUUUGCUAUUCUGUGAGGCCUAUGUUCCAAACCCGCUAUGGUGCUUUUGUUGCAAAGGAUUCAGACAUGUUGCAGCAAUGUCUAGAAGGGAGAUCCCACAAUGUGAGAAAUGUGCAGGAGGGCAUAGUCAGAGUGUUGAGAGUUGGGAUAGAGAAAGCACUGUGUCAACUGUGUGCCCUGUGAGAGAGAGACAGGUUGAGAUUGACAGAAUUCGAGUGGUGCAGAAAGUUUCCUAUGCUGAGGCAGUGAAGAGAAUAGGACAGCCCAAGGGUGAGUGAAUAGGCCUGAAGAGAGAGCUCCAGAGAGGAUGAAUGUUAGUAAAAUAGGGUUUCUUGCAUUUAUUGCUAUGAGUGUAAAUCCCAGAAAAUACAGGUAACUGCCAAAAUAAUGGAAACAAUUGAGUAAAUGAGGGAUGCAAAGUAUAUUGAAAGCCGAUGCUUUCACACAGGUUUGGUUCCUGAGUUAAUUAAGCAAUUAACAUCCCAUCAUGCUUAGGGUCAUGUAUAAAAAUACUAGGUAGGCCAUUAUUUUGGCUACUGUGGCUAUGCCCCCAUAGGAUGACAUUGUCCCCAUUCACAGGGCACAAGUGGUCACUGAAUGGUUUGAUGAGCAUAAAUUGUGUAAACCAUAUGCCAUGGCCAUCUCAGUAACCAGAUGUCAACCAACUUGAACACUUAUGGGAGAUUCUGGAGUGGCGCCCGAGACUUUUCCUGCACUAUCAACAAAACACCAAGUUAUGGACUGUCUUAUGGAUGAAUAGAUGUCGCAUCCCUCCAAUAGAUUUCUAGACCUUUGUAGAAUCUAUGCCAAGGCGCAUUAAAGCUGUUCUGGCUCGUGGUGGCCCAACGCCCUAUUAAAGACACGUAUGUUGCUGUUUCCUUUAUUUUGGCAGUUACCUGUAGAUGUGGCAGCAGUUACCUGUAGAUGUGGCAGCAGCAGAUAUAUUUUUGGGUGUAAGAGAUUUUAGAAGAUCUACUACAGGGGGUUUAAAGAAAAGGGGACCAUCCUUCCAGGCUGUUGGCCGUGGGGCUCAUUUAUAAACCGUGCAUAUACAAAAUAUAUCCCAAAGGGAGAGUGCACCAGUUAAUUCAAAGAUCCAUAAGAGGAUGCACACGGGGGUAAAACCGUUCGGCUGCCACCUCUGCUGGGCCAGUUUCUCCCACCUGUCCAACCUGAAGUGGCCCACACUGGAAAAAUCCUACAGCUGCCCCCAGUGUGAGAAGAGAUUCUCUCAACAGCACCAGCUGAAGAGGCACCUGAAGGUUCACACGGGAGAGAGGACGUUCGCCUGUAAGAACUACUUGAAGAGGAUGCAGACGGCCCAUGUAUAAUAUAUGUAAUGUAGUAUUAGUAAGUUUGUAGUUCAUUCUGUUGAUUUUGGAUGUAGUAGGGAGCUGGAUGAGGUGAACAGAGGAAAUAAUGAGGUGAUUAUAUGGUGAAGGUUGGUGUAAUGGUAUCUGUAAAAAUACUUCACUGAUAAAGUGAUCAGAUGCUGGUAUUUUAUAAAGAGUAAAAAAAAAACUAGACAGAAAGUAGUCUAGAUGUGUGUAAUGUAAUGUUUAACAUUUUCCAAAGUAUUCUAAGUGGGGGCACCAGAUUUACAGAAAUGGUAAAGUGUUAGCAUAGUGUGAACAGUCAUGUAGAUGUAAUAAAGUUAUUCAUUUUCUUUCUAACAUUGUUCAUUCUGAACAAGUCUAAAACAAGUCAUGAGAUUUGAUGCAUAAUGUAAUAAGCAGUAACGUCAUUCAAAAACAGCGCGCAUACCCUAUUCAUUUAGCCACACCCUUGGAGCUAUGAUGCCAACCAAUAAGAUCCUUUCUCUUCAGUGUAAACGGAAGUGAACUGACCAAGAACAAUUUCCACGUUAGCGUUGUUGUAAUUUAGACGUUUAUUAACACCAUGGAACUCAAAAUAUGACUCAUUUAACUGCACUACAUCAUAUACUUACACCAGGCAGCGUUUAAUUCGCGUUGAAGACAGGACUUAGAUGUUAUCAAGAUAACGCUAGCUAGCUGCUAACAAUGGCUAACUGCAUGGUUUUUCACACUCAAAUAGCCUCCAUCAUGGAGGUACUAGCGAAUGCAGCCGUGGCAGACAUCUGUAAACUCGUAGACGACGACUAUGCAGUGUUUCGUUUGGAAAUAACUCAAAGCCAGAAAGAAAACAGGGCAUUACGGAGGAAACUACAACUACUGGAACUGAAGAUGACACGGGAGCGCGCAGAGAGGACAAUUAGAGAGCGCGUCCUCGCCAGUCGUCCCAGUAGUGUCAAGAUUCUCGACCAAUACAAAGGAAUGGCAAGAGGACAUCUCACUGGAGACCACAGGAGCUUUGUGAAGCCAGCGGGACACAAUACAUGGAGAGGUGACCAACAAAUCACUGUUGAUGAGGGGAAUGGAACCUCAACCCAACAUGUUAUCGUGAUAGAGGCUGGAGGUCCUGAAGUCAAGCACGAGCGGACUGAAGAAGAGGAGGACCCACGGCACAGCAGAGACAUCCAGACUGGAGUGCUUGAAGUGCCCCUUGUAGCCACGGAGGACCCUACCACUGCCACAGCGCAGCCCAGGACCCAAUGCAGCAUCACGGAGGAGGAGAAGGGAGACUGAUGGCGCUUCCUGUGUUCAUUCUGUGGGAAAGCCUUCAGUUUUUGUAAACAGGGGAGAUCCACCAGAGGAUCCACACGGGGGAGAAACAGUUUGGCUGCCCCUUGUGUGAGAGGAGGUUCUCCCACCAGCACCAGCUGAAGAUGCACCUGAUGGUCCACACGGGAGAAAGGCUGUUCGUCUGUAUGCACUGCGGGAAGAGUUUCUCAGAGAGGAGCAACCUCAUGAUACACCAGCAGAAAAUGCACACAGUCCAUGUAUUGACUAUAGUGAUUUAGUUUGUAGUUAAUUCUGUUGGUUUUGGAUGUAUAGGGAACUGGGUGAGGAGAACUGAGGAAAGAAUGAGUAUGAUGAGGCAGAGUAGAUGAUAUGGUGAUGGUGUCUAAAAAUGCUUCACUGAUGAAGAGUGGCAACUUUGUCCCUUUAGAUACAGGUCGAGGGUAACAGAUUUCUAGUGCAAACAUAGUGAGACGUUAUUCACCUUGACAUUAUUUUGUGCAAUAAAAGUACUGUACUGCAAAGUUGUUAGUGUAUGACCAUUUUGUUCAAAUUAAAUACAAAGUUGACACUGUGCUGACUGACUUGGAUAUUUUUGUAUCGUUUACAGGGACUGAGUUUCCCUUAUCUCAGUCUAAUCAAAACAUUAUACUUCAUUCUUGAAUCAACACAUAUGGACAUUUUUUAUAUAAUUAACUCCAAUGGCUCCAUAUUGUUAGGUACUUGAAUCACAGUUUUAGACAUGGGCUUGACUGGUCAACAUUUUAUAACAUCAUGUCAUGCUUCUGUAUGUAGAGCAAAGAAUGUCUUAUAACCCUUUAUGCUUUUCUGUAUAAACGUUGUUUACAGUCUGCUGUCCCUGAAGACCUGCUGUUAUCCAGUGUUACUGGUGGGAGAGAGUGGACCUCUGAGGAUGCUGGUCACAAACCCUGGACCCUGAUCAGGAGCUGCCACUCUUCCUUCCAGAGUCGGAAGCAGGACCCAACCGCGAAGGACCGAGACUUCACCACAACACGACAGCUGGACUGAACAACCUCAGUCCUGGUGGUCAACAGAGAGACAGAGGCUCCAAUCAGGGAUCCAGUCUGCAGCCCAGACCCUUCUCUUCACAGUCUCAGUGCAGGGAUGGAGCAGAGUCUGUCUUCUCUUUUGGCGUCACAUCUAAUGCCUAGUGAAUGGGUUCAUAGAAGAACUGGGCCUGGAUGUUGCCUUCCUCGGUUACCUCAGGGUUACCCCACCAAUACAGACAGGGUCAGGAUGGGAAUUCACCAUGAGAGGCACCUAGCCUACAACAGAUUGUGUGCAAUCCCAACAACACCCAAACAAUGGCUAGAGGUCCAGGAGGAAGCUCAAUGAUGGAGUUUCUUCUUCCUAAGUAACCUUAUCAGACAAAGGAGUGUCCAGUGAGAGAAAUCACAGCAAUGUGGCUAGAAUUAUACACAGGGGAUAUCUGGGAACUAUCUGAAAUACAGUUAUGAAGUGUC